AUGACUUCGUUGACUUCCAACGACGAUCUGAUGCAAAAGACUAUGUUGAUCAUCGAACACAAAAUCAGAAACCUGGAAAAACGCAAGCUUAAAUUAGAAGGAUACCUUCAACAACAAGAGGAAGGAGUUCAAUUGAGUGAUGAUCAAUUACUAGCUGCAUCAAAGUUUAAUGAAGUAGUUAGUACUUUAGAUUUUGCAAGAAAUCUGAAAGACCAAUUAAAUACUCUUUUAAUAACAGCAAAACAAAAUAGAAAUGCUACAAAUGGUGAUAAGCUUCCUACCAACGUUGAUAGUAAAAUCAAGCAGGUUUUAAAUUUUCAGAAUAUACUAGAAAGUAUUAAAGAUGAAACUGUGAAACAAGAUUUAUUAGCUGGUAAUAAUGGUGCAGUACAAUUGACGGAUGAUGAGCUCUCAAAAUUGUCAUAUUUUUCUAAAAUGGUUUCACCAAAACGGAGAGUAGAAGAAGGAAAACCACUUUUUGAGGAUCAACUUAAGACUGUUUCCAAGCACUACAUGAAGCUUAUAGAGAGUAGACCUAAUAUUGUAGUUGGUACAAGUUAUGCACAUUUAAAAGAAUGUUUGUUAAAAAUUGAAAAAAGUGGUUAUCUAAACAAUAUAGCAAAACUUAAACAUGUUGAUAAAGAAGUAAAUACAAUUAAUGAAGAUAAUAGUUUAGAAACCCAAAUACCUCAACAUAUUCACCAAUCAAUAGCUUCCAUAACUGAUGAUUCACCAGAUAACAUACCAAUUUCUAGUAUUCCUAAUUUGGACUUCACUCCAAAUAAAAUAGAAACAAUUUAUUUUACAAAUAAUAAUAUUGGUGGAAAUACAGUUGAACAAAACCUACAAAAUAGUAAAAACACCACAGAUACAGUACUCAAUACAUCAUUUGACUUUUUACAAGAUUCUCAACUUGAGGAAGAUAUUAUAAGCAUUGAUCUGAAUUCUAUACCAACUCAAACAUUUUCUUCUUCUAUUUACGCUAAUCAUGGACCAACAGAUGAUGCAAUUUUAAAAAUACUGUCUACUCCUCCACAACACCGGACUUUGGAAACAAAACAAAAUCAUUUAGAAAAUGUUGUAGAUACUUCUAACUCUAAUUCCUGGACAGGAAAAAAUGAAGUAAACUGGCAAAGUAGAACCAAAUCAGGAGAUAGUAAUAAUUUACCUAGAGAAAACUGGUCAAUGGCUCAAAUGAUAAAUAACGGCACAGAUAAUGACUGGCUCAUAAAAAACAAUUGGGUUCAAAUGGCUGAAGUAGAUAAACAAAACCCACCAGCAGAACCGACUCAACCAUCACCAAAACAUUCCUCAUCUAAUUUCGGUUUAGUUACUAAUGGAUAUACAGAGAAUCUUGAUGAGUUAUUGCAAAAAACGGUGGUUUUCAAUAAACAAGAAUCAUACCCUGUUACUACUUCCUCUAAUAAUUCAACAUAUCAAACCAAUUACGGACAGCAAUCGCUAGAACGUAAUAUUGGGCAUUAUACUAAUUCUAAUGGUAAUAAUCCUAGGAGCAACUCAAAUGAUAUUAAUAAAAGAUCUACUUCCAUGAAACCUAAAACUUCAUAUACAGGAGAAGGAGGACCAUCUAGAGGUUAUCAACAAGGCAACUCGUAUGUUUAUAAUAAUCGCUCUCAUAAAACCAAUAGCAAUACCAACACGAGUAAUGAUUAUUCCAGAAUCUCACGACAAACCUGA